CCGGCGGCCGCGGGAUCUGGCGGCGGGCGACCGGCUGGUGCUUCGCGCGCUCGAGAUCAUCGGCAACCUGCGGCCCCGCUUCUGGGCCAUGGAGAACCCGCAGACGGGCCUUCUCAAGACGCGGGCGUUCAUGCAGGGGCUGCCCUACAGCGACGUGCCCUGCACGGGGAUAUUCCUGGGGCCCAGCAAGAGCGGGAAGACGGUCGCGAUCAUCAGCGCGAUCCUGGAACAGUACCGGCUUUACCAAGUGCUGGUGGUCAUCGACGAUUUCGCGGACCAGCCGGAAUUGCACCGGAGGACCGGGGACGGCGCUUUGGACACACUGUUCAUCAGAGGACGCCACAUGCAAAUCAGCACCUGGGUCUCGUCGCAAAAGCUGCGGCUCAUCAGCGCGGCGGUCCGCGUCAACAUGCAGUUCAUCUGCAUUUG